AUGAUCGGAGCAGCUGCUGAGAUCUCGCGAUACCGUCCUGGCAACGGCGGUUUCCGCAUUUGGGUGUACUCGGACCCUCAAGCUGCAGAGCGAGAAGCUGUCGGCCUCGCGCAAGGCAUGGAGGUCAAACAUGCUACAUACAAUACUGGAUUUGCUGGAGCAAAGAUUGUCUGCGAUGCCUCAGGAGCGGACAAGUCAGUCUUGAAAGUGAACAAGGAAGAGCUGAUGAAAGCGACAGCAGCGUUGCUGCAUGAGCUCAACGGAACCAUGUACACGGGUUGCGAUCUCAACACAACAACCAGUGAUAUGGACUUGUUGUCCAAAGACUGCCCGUACGUUCUUGCAGCCAUCGCCAAUGAGUCUGUGAACCCUAACGAUGCGACUGCGUUUGGAGUGCUUGGUGCGGUGGAGAGUGUCCUCGAAAGUUUCAAUGGCAAGACAGUUCUCGUCCAUGGCUGCGGGUCUGUUGGGGGGACUGUGGCUAGAGAGCUUGUUCGAUCUGGAGCGCGCGUGUAUACCAUUGAUGCGGUAGCUGCUAAGGCUGAUAUCGAGGGCGCUACCAACAUUUCUAAGGGAACUCCAGAGUACGUGGAAGAGUUCUGGAAGAUGAAGGUCGACGCUCUUGUCCCCUGCUCGAUCUCUGGCCUCAUCUCGAUGGAGAUCGCGCAGGAGCUUGGUUGCAAGGCCAUUGUCGGAGCGACAAAUCUUCCCUUCAGGUCCGUUGAGGUUCAGGAGCAGGUGGAGGCGUCAGGGAUCGUCUUCGUUCCCGAGGGGGUCUCUUCAGCUGGGGCUGUCAUCGUCGACUCCAUUGAGCACUUUGACCUCAAGGCUUUCAAGGAGGCGCAGCCCAACGACAUUUACGAGUUCUGCCGGCAUGUUGUGCUGAACAAGACGACCGAGCUUCUGCUCACAGCCCGUCUCCGUGAGAUCGUCACUUCUCAAGCAACCAAGCUCAUCAGUGAGGAGUAUGGAGCCUCUGAGGAGAACGACUGCCCAAAGAUGCCCAUAGGAAGAACUUUCAGGUUCUGGUCUCAAGGACGUGGCUCUGUGAUCAAUCCUGGCGCAGCGGGAGCACAAAGAGCCUUGUUGAGGCGCGGAGCUUGA